GAUACUACCACCCCUUCCCAAGUUCCCUCAACCUCCAAUACCAAACCCCAUCAUGAUCCAUGCUCCCAAAAAAUACCACCACCACCACCACCCCAGCCCCGAACAUUCACCACCACCACUACCAACCACCAACAUCCUCGGAACCUGGUACAUCACACGAUCCUCCAGUCCCUUCUGGAGCGACAAACGCAACCCCACAAUCACACUAACCGCCGACACCAACACACCACCAGACACUCUACCCCUAAGCGCGCUCUCCCAAGCCACUACAACCUCACCCGCCCCUAUCCUCACGAACAAGACAUCCUACCAAACGCUAUCCUCUUCCUCAGUAAAGACCACAACCGGAACGGACCGAGCGAUAUUAGCCGGAAAAGAGCUUGGUCCGAUUCAGAUGGAGUGGCGGGGGAGCGGAUGGCUGCGGAUGGUGAGUGCGCAGUGGGAGAUUCUGGGAUGGGGCGGAGCAGACAAUGGUGAGUGGCUGCUUGUCUUUGCGAAUAAGUCGAUGUUCACGCCGGCGGGGAUAAGCUUGUAUUCUAGGAGGAAAACGGGCGUGGAUGAGAUGGUGUGGGCAGAGAUUGAGGUGGAGUUGAGAGGGCUUGUGGAGAGGUAUCCUGCGGAGGGGGAGUUGAGGGAGCUGGUGAUGGGGAUGGAGGUUGUGAGGUUUGAUUGAGGGGUUGGUAGUAAAUUAAGGAAGUUUUGCUGCUUUGGUGGAGGUUACGCUUUGUUGCUAGUUAGUACUUUGAUGGGGGACUAGAGUGAUG